UCUUCAUUUUUCCCCGGUUUUGAGUUUUCUAUAGAGCUUCGCACUGCUUCGCACUCGCGAAAGCGUAAUCAACGAAUUUAUCAUCAUCGCCUUUUUUUUCAAAGUAUUAUAAUAAAGAAAAACGUCGCGUUAUGGACACUAUUUGGCAGAUCUGUUACGUUUCGCUGAUGUUCCUCGUGUGGUUAUUCUUGGUUAAUUCGAAUCGUUGAAAAAAAUAACGAGUGUGAAUUGGCUAAUAUAGGUUCAGAUGCGUGCCAGAAGCACUCGUGCGAACACAUGUUGUUGGUUUUAUAAAUUGUCAAUAGCGAGGCUUAUUCCUUUCAAGAGAGAAGCUGAUUUAUCCGAGAAAGACGUUGACUCAGCAAAGUCAACUCUCUUUACUCGCGCUAAAUCUGGUAAUCACUAUAUUAAAUUUUAAGCGAAUACCAAAUGUGCCUCUUUCUCGCAAAUAGUACCUUUCAAGAUCUACAUGAAUAUCCAGAAGUCUGUGACAGUCAUGGAUGUUGAUUGUCCAAUCGUUAGUCUUAAACGAUCAAGCAGUGCUCCUAUGAUUAACGAAAUCAGUGCCACAAUGUCUGUUACCUCUCCGUCAACGUCUGCUCCAAGGGAUGCUGUAUCAACAUUUAAUGUUUUCUCCAGCACUCCUCGUACACGACGUUUUAGUACAAGUAGUCCCGGCAGUAUUCCUAGGUUAACUCCUCGUGUUAGUCAGUUGAGACAGGAAGAAUGUGUGGAUGUUGCUGGCCGAGAGGCGGCGCACGAGAAAGAAAUUCACAGUGCAAUGCAAAUAUCGCAAUCCUGGGAAGAUCUGACCUUAGAGGCAGAAGGUCUGACUUUUAAGGAAUCCGAAUCUCCAACGCAACAAUUAAAUAAAGCGGAUAAACAAUUGACAACAAAAAGGGUAUUCGAUCCGCUAAAUUUGAAUUUAACGAGUGGCGGGCCACCAUUGUGCUCAUCGCCAUCGCCAACGAGGUCGGGCCUCGGUCAACGUCAGUGUUAUUCACCAGGCAUUCACAUGGUUAACUGGAAAAACAGCUUAUCACCUAGUCCAACAAGAAAGGCUUUUGCCACGAGACGCAGUUUGAGUCCAAUAGCAAUUCGUCCAAGUUGCCUUGGUCCAGUCAAGAGAAAAUUUGAACUGGAUGACAAUAUUUCAGACCAACAUUUACAACCUCCGGCCAAACGAACCUCUUCUUUAGUCAUGUCUAAUUCAUCCAGAUUAGAAACAAUGGCAAGUCCACUUCCAGGGACCAUAAGUUCGGUGGGAACGCCAGAAUCAUUAUCAAGCGCGGAUUCGCCGAGUUUUUCAUUUCAAACUGUAGAUAGUCCAUCGCCAGGUCGCGUUCUAACAAAUGGCGAUGAUCCCAUGUCUGAUACCAAUGAUCAGACAAAGAUAUCAGAAAACGCUCAGGUUAAUCAAAGUGGUCAGUGCAAUUUUAGGUGAAUAUAAAAUGAAUAUAUUGAGCAAAAUCCCAAGAAAAAAAAAGUAAUAAUUAAGAAACUUAGUUAUGUUCUUAGAGUGAUAUGACGGGGAAGACAAAAAAAAAAAUAUAUUCCCUCAAGAACAUUUUUUCUCUGUGUUUGAAAAUAUUUGAAAAUCAUUGUGCUAAUCUAAUGACGAAUUUCCAAUCGCCAUUAAUUACAUACUAUACUUGCCAAUCAGUGCCACGUAUGAAAUGGCGAAUUAAUCUAUAUUAAGAAUGAUUUUUCUUUCUGGUCUUUGUACUUUGCUUGUAAAAAAUCUCUUUUUUUUAGUAGAGCUUAGAUUAGUAUAGAUUUUCACGAAAAAAACAAACAAACAAACAAAAAGGAAAGAAAUCAGUCAUAAUGAAAAAAUUAAUGUCAUUGUCAUAGAAGUUUUUAAAUUUUUCCUGAAAUUUUAUUUCGAGAAAUCUGGAAAAGAGAGAAAAAAAAACAGGGAAAGCAGUUUGAAAACUAGAAAAAAAAAACGAAAAUUAUGGAAUGUUUUCAAACAGGACUGAUAUUAUUUAAGUGAAUACGUAUUUUUUGAAAAAAGAAAAGAAGAGCCUGAAUUUUUUUUUUCCAAACAAAACAAGAAAAAAAAUUGAUUCAAUCAUAAUUGUUUAAUAACUUCGAUAAGAAAUGUGAUAUCUGAACUAAAUCAACAUUUUUUGUUUUGUUUCAUUUUUUUUAAGAUCUUGGGAUAUUUGUUUCUUUUUUUGCACAACCAAUAGAAUCUUUCAAUUUUUUCCUUAAUUCCCAAAAAAAAAAAAUUUGGCGUGAAAUUUCUAAAAGACUUUUUGUUUGGCUUGUGUCAUUUUAGAUAUUUCUUGGUGUUUUUGAAAUUUGAAAGAAAAUGAGGGAAAGAUCAAAAUUGAAUGUGUGACCCGUUUUUACGGGCAAAUACCAAAGUACAAGUAGUUUAAUGCCAUAUAAUAUUUCUAAACUUUUUUGUUUUCAAUGCCAUUGAUAACGCUGUAUUUAUAAAUUUUUGUAAAUAAGAACGUCUUACCUUUUUUUCCUUAAGGUAAUUUCUUGUUGGCAUGUGAUUUUAAUUGAUAUUUCUUUGUGAUUAUUGAUAAAAAAAGAGGAAUUCUCACAAAUUGUAUGAUUGGAAGUUUUUUUUUUGUUUUUUUUUUGCCUUCAGGUCAACGAGAUUUGCCUGGAAAUUUUUUUUUUGUGUAAGAUUUAAGUUUUUAUCAUUCGAAAGUCCCAGCAGAGCAUAAACAGAAAUUUAUUUUUAAUUGCAUUCAUUAUUUUUAAUUGAAAAUAUUUUUUAUGUAAAUUUUUGUAAUUAGAAACAUUUUUUUUUUUGUAUGAUAUUUAUUCCAUUUGCAAGUUAGGAAUUAAUUUAUUUUCCAACAGUUUUUAAAGAAAAAAAAGAACUUUUCGAAAAAAGAAUGUUUUUGAAAAUUUUCGAAUGUUCAAUUUUUAAUAGGGACUAAAAAUGAUUGACUUAAUUCUCCUGCUUGAUAAUCGCAAUUUGUAAAUUUGUCUGUAAAAAUCAAUCGCACGGCUCUUGGUUGAUUUUUAGAUAAUAAUGUAUAAUACACUCUUCAUAGAAUUACAGUCAACAUUUUAGAAAUUCCUUUAGUGAAUAAAAUCGUACGUCUAGUUUUCAAGUGAUUUCUUAUAUUUCACUUAUAUUGAAAAUUUAAUAGACGAUUUUUUUUUAAUUGCUAAUUUGUAACAAGCUGUUUAUUUAUGAAUAUCGAUUCUAUAGAUGAAAAAAUCGAUAAUACAAAAUAAACAUUCUUGUGAGAGUAUUGAGAGUGAAAGGAAAUAAUGACAAAUUGAGAAUGUGGGAGAGAAUGAGAGUGAAUGAUAGAGAAAGAAAGAAAGUAAACGAUGGCAAAAAUAUUUAAUAAAUUUAGCUCGAUACAAAGUUUGGUAUUUUUUAGAGAGUAGAAAAUAAUUAUAUUCCCCGGAGAUGAUAGUGUUUGUGUAAUUAUUUAUCAAUAUAAAUCCAUCGAUGAAAGUAAAUAUUAUCAAGAGAGA